UGUGGGAAAAUCUUCCUUCAUGAAAAGAGCUUUAAGUGGAAAGUUUGCUUUAGACAUACCUGCCUCCGUUGGCAUGGAUUCCUGCAAGUGGACUGUGGUGAUAGAUGGAAAACCUGUGCUGCUACAGUUAUGGGAUACAGCAGGUCAAGAAAGGUUUCACAGCAUCACAAGACAUAUUUUCCACAAAGCACAGGCGUUUCUUCUGAUGUAUGACAUCACUUCCUCCCAGAGUUUUUCUGCAGUCAGCUAUUGGGCAAACUGCAUCCAGGAAUCUGCUGCCGAAAACGUGACAGUUCUGCUUCUGGGGAACAAAAGCGAUCACGCGGCGAGACAAGUUAAAACUGAACAGGGGGACGUUCUUGCAAAGGAAUACAACUUUGGCUUCAUGGAGUGUAGCGCUGCCACAGGUCAAAAUGUAAUUGAAGCCUUGGAAACAGUGGCUAGGAUGCUGAAUCAACGCUCUGACUUAAGAGAGGAAGCCACUGUUUUAGAGCCGAGGUCUGUGCCCAAAAGCCAAUCCAGGUGUUGCUGAACAGAUGUUUGUAAAAUAAAACGAAAUGCAGCGUCCUACAAAGUGUGGAGUGGAUGUCCUGAAUGUAACUGUUUUCCAACAUUUAACUGAGUUAUAUAGACUCAGACACCUUUAAUUUUCCUUUUCAUAAAGAUGAUUUUUGGUUUAGAAAAUGUGUAAGCUACUUUUAAUAUUUCUAUUGACAAGGAGAGCUGGUAAAGUUUACUGCAUUUCUUUUCUCUUAGGGUAGCUCACAUUUAUUGUGUUUGACAUUGUGUGCUUACGUUUUUGUGGGAAAUGACAAUUUACAAUAUAUUAAGUCUAUAAGAUAUUUUGAUUAAAAAAACAAUCUGCACAUCAAGAGUUCACACUGCACAGUUGAGGUGAGAUUUUAUCCAUCCAUUCUUUUCUUUACCUUCUCCUCUCAUGGUCACGGGGAGCUGCUGUCUUAUAUUCAGCAGACACUGAGAGGACAUGUCCYUCACAGGGACACAUGGAGACAAAAGAAACAAACGACCACAAGUGAGAGAUUUUGGGCUAAAUACCUGCAGUGGGAGCUCUGUUAGUUUGCAGUACAUAUAUUUUAUUGUGUUGCCUUAUGUUGUUUUUGAUCCAGCACCCACUUCAUUGGAUUCUGCAUAUUGUCUUGUUUCAUUAAUAUAUAUAUAUAUAUAUAUAUAUUAGUUUGAAGUUGGAAUAAUUUAUCUGAGAUCUGAUGGUUAAGUACUCAAGCACUUUCUGCUAAAAAAAAUGUUUCAGGUUUAAAGCAAUAAACUAUUUUCACAAAGUAAA